AUGUCGAAUAUACCCCUAGUCUAUCGCGGCCGCCGCUCGCCACCACCCGCGACCGUCGCUCCCCGCCACCCGCCGCCGGCGACCACCGGCGCCCACAGCCGGCCGCUGUCGGCGACCACCGUCGCCCACCCUCACUGCCCGCGACCACCACCGCCCACCCUCACCGCCCGUGACCACUGCCACCCACCCCCGCCGCCCGCGACCACCACCGGCCGCCGGCGACUACCACGCCCGUCGUCGCCGCCGCCGCCAGCCACCUCUGGCCGCCGUCGCCGCCGGUUGUCGUUGUCGUUGUCGCCGGUUGCAAUCCUAAAUAUGUACACUGAAUAA